CCACAGACAGCCCUCUGACUCUCUCCUCUGAUUGGUUGCCUACCAUUUUCGUUCCCUUGACAAGCAAAAUAGUACUGGGUAGAGUUUGGACGCAAGAAAAGAAUAAGCACCGUACACAAUCUUAACAUGGACACCCCGAAGAUUAUCGAGGAUCGGUCUGAAAGAUCUGAUGGCAAGAUUGUGAAGAUGGAGGUUGACUACAGUUCAACUGUAGAUCAGCGUCUCCCCGAAUGCGAGAAAAUGGCUAAAGAGGGCAAGCUGCAGGAGGCAAUUGAGAGUUUGUUGUCACUGGAGAAGCAAACCAGAACGGCAUCAGACAUGGUGUCCACAUCCAGAAUCCUUGUGGCUGUGGUCCAGAUGUGUUAUGAAGCCAAGGACUGGGAUGCCCUGAAUGAAAACAUCAUGUUGCUCACCAAAAGGAGGAGUCAGCUGAAGGGGGCUGUUGCCAAGAUGGUGCAAGAAUGUUACAAGUACGUGGAUACAGUGACUGAUCAGCCCAUCAAGCUGAGACUUAUCGACACUCUUCGCACCGUGACUGCUGGCAAGAUCUACGUAGAGAUUGAGCGUGCCCGGCUGACGAAAACAUUGGCCAAUAUCAAGGAGAAGAACGGAGAGAUCAAAGAGGCAGCUUCCAUUCUUCAGGAGCUACAGGUAGAGACAUAUGGCUCUAUGGAGAAAAAGGAGAAGGUGGAGUUUAUCUUGGAACAGAUGAGGCUUUGCAUCGCUGUGAAAGAUUACAUUCGCUGCCAGAUCAUCAGCAAGAAGAUAAACACCAAAUUCUUCCAAGAGGAGGGCACCGAGGAGUCCAAGCUGAAGUAUUACAACUUGAUGAUUCAAGUUGACCAGCACGAGGGCUCCUACCUGUCUAUCUGCAAACAUUACCGGGCCAUCUAUGACACCCCCUGUAUCUUGGAGGACAGCAGCAAGUGGCAACAGGCCCUAAAGAGUGUGGUGCUCUACGUGAUUCUUGCUCCUUACGACAACGAGCAGUCAGACCUUGUUCAUAGAAUCAGCGAGGACAAGAAACUGGAAGAAAUACCUAAAUACAAGGACCUUCUGAAACAGUUCACCACUAUGGAGUUGAUGCGCUGGGCCUCCCUGGUGGAGGAUUAUGGGAAGGAGCUGAGAGAGGGCUCACCUGACAGCCCCGCCACAGACGUCUUCUCUUGUUCAGAGGAGGGGGAGAAAAGGUGGAAGGAUCUGAAGAACAGAGUUGUGGAGCAUAAUAUCAGAAUAAUGGCCAAAUAUUACACCAGAAUCACAAUGAAGAGGAUGGCUGGACUCCUCGACCUCUCUAUUGAUGAAUCCGAGGAGUUCCUCUCCAGCCUAGUUGUAAACAAGACCAUCUAUGCCAAGGUGGACCGGCUGGCAGGCAUCAUCAACUUCCAGAGGCCCAAAGACCCCAACGACCUACUCAACGACUGGUCGCACAAACUCAACUCUCUCAUGUCCCUGGUCAACAAGACCACGCAUCUUAUUGCCAAGGAGGAGAUGAUCCACAACCUGCAGUGAAACAAUAAUGUAGUGCAUUAUUUUAUGUUUUGGUUCAUGUUUGUUUCAGUUUUUUUUCCCUUCUGUGGGAAUGUCUUGGGAAUAUACAGUAUAUUGGGGGAUGGUAAAUGCAGCGCUUUUAAAAUGCCAUAUAAUUGGAUAAAGAUCUGUUGCACAUCCACAGCACCCCGACUUUGUCCCUUUUUUUACUAUCCAGUAAAAGCUUGACAAUAAAUACAUGAGCACCUCGCUUUACCUCCCCUGUCAUUGACUGGAUCUCUAAAUAUACUUGCCUUUUAUAAGCAGUAGAUUAAAAUGUAUUACUGUGUUAUAUACAUAUGGCUGUAAACUCUAAAAAUGCAAUGUAAACAAUAAACUCCUCACAUUUGGUUAA